AUGGGGGAUUCAGCGCAUAUAGUGCACAAGGAAGCUGGAUUGGAGCUUUACGUACCUUGGUUGUUCCCAAAAAGCCGGUUUUACCAGUGUUCUGUUCCAUGUUUUAUAGCAGAUAUCGCAUUUUAUCAUACUCGAACAGAAGAGAAUUUGAAAAAAUUCUAUACGGGGGAAUCGGAGGUGUGGUUUUAUCAGAAUCAUCCGAUUAGGGAGGUAAGUGUGGCUGGUACUGUUAUUGGAUGGCGUUGGAAGUUUUUCGGUGUGACAGAUUUCGCAGUUUUCAGUCUUGAUGAUUACAGCGGUGCCCAGGGUUCGCUUUUGGUGUGUAAAUGCACUAGGACUUUGUUGUUAGCCAGUGGCAUGCCUGGUGGGGAUCUCACUGGCAGAAGGCUUAAACUCUCGGGGAAAUUGAACCGGUUCGGAGAGCUUGAAGUAAGGGCUGUGGACAUGUGUGCGGGUUUCGUUAUGGAGAUUGAGUUUUGGAAGUCUGCGAUAAAGAUGCGUGCAGAGCUUAAGAGACCUUGGAAGUUGGCUUCUGGUGAGCUGGGAGACGAUUCUGAACAGAGUUUGUUUUUAAACGAUUUGGAACGACAAUUUGUCCAUAGAGGUCUUCAGAUUGCAGAUUCUGCCAGUUUGGACCAUGGACGCGGGUGGGUCGAUGUCGCAGGUCAGUUUAACGAUUCGAAUUUUUGUUUGGAUUUUUUACUUGAUGAUUCCGUCAACAUGCGGGGCUUGCCAUCUGAGGAGGAUUCAUCCAGUGACAACACCCUUCUAAGAAACUAUCAAAAACGGUUCUUGCGACUUUUAAUGUUCUACAAAAGUGUCGAAGUCUCAGCUAUGAACGUUUACAAGUCUCCGCAACUGUACGAGGGUUUGACCACAGCGACUCUGGCACAAUUCCACGAUGCGAAGAACCCAUCCAUGAAGAAGACAAAAGAACUACUAUUUAAGAGAACCUUACAAUUGUACGUCGAGUGUGGGGUAAUAAGUGUAUUUGCAAACGGCAAGAUCAUCAACACCAAGAACCUCAAAAUUUGCUGCAAAUACCUGUCGGACUUGUUGAGACUGAACAAGACUUCGAAAACAGAGAAAACCAAAAUUGAUCAUGCUCAAAUCAGUUUCAUCACUGGUAAAUUCUAUACGACCAAAAUCAUGCUGGAAAUGAUUUUGGGAGAAAUUCUCAAACUUCUGGGCGGAAAUGGUAAAUCCAAGACCGAGGCACGCAUUGAUGAAGGUUUGGAUGGUACAUUGGUGCUGGUAAGCUCUCUUUCUCCGCUAGUGAGCUCAUCUCAAAUCACGUGA